CCGGCCAAGUUUAAACACCCCCCCCCGGCACCGCCGGGACAGCCCGAGUUUGCGGGAGUUGCGCGGGGCCGCGGCCCGGGUGCGGGGUUCGGCUGCCGGGGGGUGCCCCGCGAAGAAGACGCCCCGCUGCUGCCUAUGAGGGUGCCGCGGGGCAGGGCGAGCCAUGGACGGCGGCGGCGGGGUGCCGCCCGCCCUGGAGAAGAACGCGGCGGAGCUGACGGUCAUGGACGUGUACGACAUCGCCUCGGCCGUGGGGCAGGAGUUUGAGCGGGUGAUCGAUCAACACGGCUGCGAGGCCAUCGCCCGCCUCAUGCCCAAGGUGGUGCGGGUGCUGGAGAUCCUGGAGGUGCUGGUGAGCCGCAACCACAUCAACCCCGAGAUGGAGGAGCUGCGCCUGGAGCUCGACCGCCUGCGCCUGGAGAGGAUGGACCGCAUCGAGAAGGAGCGGAAGCACCAGAAGGAAUUAGAACUGGUGGAGGAUGUCUGGAGAGGGGAGGCACAGGACCUCCUUACUCAGAUUGCACAGCUGCAGGAGGAGAAUAAACAACUGAUGACAAACUUGUCUCACAAAGACAUUAAUUUCACAGAAGAGGAAUUUCAGAAGCAUGAAGGAAUGUCAGAGAGAGAGCGGCAAGUCAUGAAGAAGCUGAAGGAAGUGGUAGAUAAACAGAGGGAUGAAAUCAGAGCAAAGGACCGGGAACUCGGACUUAAAAAUGAGGAUGUAGAGGCUCUUCAGCAGCAACAAAACAGGUUAAUGAAGAUCAACCACGACCUGCGGCACCGCAUCACUGUUGUUGAGGCUCAGGGGAAGGCGCUGAUCGAGCAGAAGGUGGAGUUAGAAGCUUAUCUUCAAACCAAGGAGCAGGAGAUGGGCAACCUGAGAGCAGAGCUGGGGAGACUGAGAGAAAAACUGCAGGGUGAGGACAGCCAGAAUGGGGAGGAAGUGAAGGCAGAACCCAACAAUGAUGACUGCCUCUCCGACUCAGAGAAGAUGGCAUUGGACUUAAAAGAUCCCAAUCGUCCAAGAUUCACCUUGCAGGAGCUCCGGGAUGUCCUUCAUGAGAGGAAUGAAUUGAAAUCUAAAGUGUUUUUACUUCAGGAGGAGCUUUUAUACUACAAAAGUGAGGAAACUGAAGAAGAAAUGAGAUCCCCUCAACCUACACCCAUAAUUCAGCCUAAACCCUCAACUCAGCCUGAAUCUGGAAUCAAACGACUGUUUAGUUUCUUCUAUCGGGAUAAGAAACGCAUGCAGGCAGCACAGAAAAAUGUCCACUUCCAGGAUACUUUUGGAGAAUGGUCAAAUUCACAUAAAGAUGACUCCUACACCGAGCAAGGACAAGAAGCCCUGCAGCACCUGUGACUAAAGCCUUGAGGUGUUCUGUUUACCACAGUAGACCUCAACACUCCAGUAACAAGAAGCUUCUGUAACCAAAAUCUGGCAGCUCAUCACUUUCAUUUGCCUUGUGCACCUCAGUGUGUUUGAGAUGGAC